CUCGACACUAGGAUUCCUACCGCUCGCGACGCGGUAGGCAAGGUAGCGUGGGCGAGCUCCGUCGGAGGCGGCGACGCCGACGACAAGCUCCUGAUGGCGACCAGCCUGCUGCGUUCAACGCUGCAGCGCGAACCAGCCGGUUCGUUCUGCGCGUGCCGCGGUGGCGGGCUCGACGGCUCUGCGAUCCGGCUGGCGCUGCACAGCUGGCCCGGCCUCUGGAGCGUCCUCGUGCGGGUGGCGGAGGUGGUCUGCGGGACGGUGUAUGAGGUCGUGUUCAAUCCUGGCCCGCGUGGUGUGAUGAAGUUGCCGAGGUUGCACACGCUGCUGGCGGCGGCGAUUCGGCACCAGGUGAUCAGCCUCGCAAAGGUUGGCGAUGGCGUCGCUGACGCCACCUAUGAGGAGGUGCAGGCCUUCGAGGAGGUGGCGUGGAAGGUGAACCGGCCAGAGCAAUGGGACUCGUUUCGCGCGCACCGCCCCUACUCCCUCAAGGGCUACCACAGCCGGGCUCCAGACGUCGGCGCCCCGGCGCCCGACGGCGUCGUCCACUCGCUCUCUUCGGGCGCAGAGAUGCGGCUGCUGUCGACUGCGCGUGCCGUCGCCGGCAGCAGCAGCCUCGUCGCCCUCUCCUUCGACUCGCUCAGCUGCCCCGUCUGGCGCGGCUUUGCCGGCGCUGAGUUGCAUCGGAUUGCGCGCUCGUUUGGCGUGCCCGUCCUCCACGUCUACAUGGCAGAGGCGCACCCGGACGACGCCUUUCCCUCACCGAUGCAAGGGCCGGUGGCGCUCGCGAGCGAGCUAAGGCGGCACCGUGACCUCGAGGAGCGGAAGGCGGCCGCUGGGCGCGCCCAAGCCUUCCUCACGCACAAGGUUGGUCGCCCCGUGGUGUUGGUCGCGGACGGGAUGGGGGACGCACUCGAGGAGGCGUACGAGGCGCGGCCCUUCCGGAUGUUCAUCCUCGACGUGAGCAGGCCGGACGCGUGCGUGGUGGCGCACAAGACUGGGCUCGCGCCCUUCAACAUGGGCGCGAAAUUCGCCGAGCUCCGCGCCUUCCUCUGCUUGUGGCGGAGCCGCGCGAGAAGCGGGGCCGGGCGGUCCGCUUAGACCUUAGUUCGUUUCGCGAAACGGUGACGGAGAGCCUCGCCGCAUAGCGGACAAACUUGGUGUCUGAUGUGUGUGAUCAGAGAUCACACGCAUCAAUCUAACAAUCACCUGCUGCUUUUGACGGUGAUUGUAAAAUGAUCUGGUUGGGUA